ACCAGUAACGACCUACAACCUGUCCCACUUUACACCCAAUUUCAAAAUGCUGCCUUCCAAAGCACAAAUAAUUGCACUGCUGACAGUAUCUGCCCUCUUGCCAGUCUCGUUCGCCCAACAACUGGUCGCCGUUAAGGCGAACGCCCUUCUACCAAGUCGAAGAUAUAGCUGCUCAUCCGUGUACGAUGGUGACGAUACGAUCUACAUUGUCGGAGGGAGCGACGCUUAUUCCCAGCUGGGCGUGAAGGACAUCCUAGCCUACAAGAUAUCGACCGACGCCAUCACCCGGGUCGCCUCGCUAGCCCUGGAAGUCAUUUCAAACACAGCGACAACCUCGAUCGACUCCGCUGGAAAUAUUUACAUCUACACCGGGAACAUAUUUUACUACGGUAAUGUGCACAAAUUCAUUCCUUCUAGUGGCGAAAUCGUGCACAUGGCGACCCUCCCAUCGACAGAUUAUUACCACGCCGCCAUACCACUUGGUCCCACGUAUGACAUUGUUUAUUUAAUGGGGUCCUCAACCAAUACGAAAACGGUCGCGUCCUACUACAUGGGAUCAGACAUUGGUGCUGUGGUGGUGGGCAACUUAUCCGUCGCUUAUCUCCCCAUGACCGCCAUCUCGGAUGGGAACGGAUCCGCGUUCAUAUUCGGAAGUGAGGUUGGAGUGACGAAACCGGAGUAUUCCGUGGUACGAGUAAACCUAGCAACUCUAGCCGUUACCCGCGGCCCGGAAACCGUCCCCCGCAUGUACAGAAAACCCGCCGCUGUCUGGGACGGGAAGCAUGGAUACGUCUUCGGUGGAUAUAGGAACGAUUCGGCGGGUCAUUACACCAACACGAUUGGCCAAUUUGAUCCCGCCACGAUGAGACUUACGUUACUUCCUGUGGCCAAUUUUCCCGCUAAUGGGACCAAUGUCCUCGAUUUGACGACGGCGGUUUAUGUUUCCAAGCUGAACAGGAUUUACCUCUUUGGGGGACGGACAUACGGUGUGGGAGAUGAUGUGCCGCUUGAUGGAAUUUGGUACAUUGACUUGUCUCCCUUAACCCCAACGACGACGACGCGUCCGACAACGACGACCAGACCGACCACAACUACUAGGCCAACGACCACAACUUCGACUACCACGCCGAUACCGCCAUCCAGUACGACGCUUUGUCCUGAAGAGUUGUCCUGUGUGGGAAAGGUGGAUGGAAACUACCCGCAUCCGUUCGACUGUGCGAAGUACAUUCGUUGUCAACGCGAAGUCUUGACGGAGAUGAUCUGUCCGGAGGGGUUACACUUCGACCCAGCCAUUGGAGCUUGUAACUUUCCGGAACUCGUGGAUUGUGAUGAGACUUGUAUUUAAAAUUGGUGGAUGUUCGAGAGAUUGCGAAUUAAGGAGGUUUACAUUAAAUUCUCAAGCAACAAAUAAGCGUUAUGUAAGUAUCUGUGUAAUUGAUAAGUUUAAUAAACUUGGUUUA